AUGAAUUCCUCACAGGUUUCAUUUUUCACUUUUAGUGCCUACUACGAUAUCGGGCUUUUCAAAUACUUAUUAUUCACAAUUGUUAUGUGUUUUUAUAUUUUAAUUCUGUGUGCCAAUGUUUUCCUCAUUGUGGUUAUCUGCAUGAACAGAAGUUUACAUGAACCUAUGUACAUCUUUCUGUGCAGCCUGUUUAUGAAUGAACUGUAUGGUAGUACAGGGUUGUACCCGUUGCUUCUGAUUCAGAUUUUCUCUGACAUUCACACUGUCUCUGCUCCAUUUUGUUAUCUGCAGAUUUUCUGUUUGUACACUUAUGCAAAUGUAGAGUUUUAUACCUUAGCCGUCAUGUCUUAUGACAGAUAUCUUUCUAUCUGUUGUCCUCUACAAUAUAACACACUUAUGACAUCUAACAAGGUUGCCAUGCUUAUUGCUCUGAGUUGGUUAUUCCCUUUUCUUGCAAUUGUAAUCAUGAUUUCGUUGAAUGCCUCUUUGCAGCUGUGUGGUAAUAUCAUUGACAGAUUGUACUGUGACAACUACUCUCUUGUGAAAUUGGCAUGCUAUGACACUACAGUCAAUAAUGUGUAUGGAUUAAUUUACACUUUCAUUGUAUUAUUUGGUCUUGUAGUACUAAUCAUUUAUACUUACAUUAGGAUCCUUAAAGUCUGUUUCUCUGGUUCUAAACAGACCAGACGGAAAGCUGUCAGUACCUGCACACCUCACCUCACUUCUCUGUUUAACUUUUCUGUUGGCUGCUUAUUUGAAAUAGUUCAGAGCAGGUUGAAUAUGAGCCGUGCACCCAUGAUAUUGCGCAUAUUUUUGUCUUUAUACUUUAUCAUUUUCCAACCGCUCUGUAACCCUGUCGUGUAUGGACUGAACUUGUCAAAAAUCCAUAUCUUAUGCCGCGUCCAAGUUGUCCAAGAGUGUUUGGGUUAUGUGUAUAAUUUACUCAAGAAUGGACACCUUAAACACCGGACCUGA